AUGAAACAAGCUGUGAUUUUUGUAAUUUCGCUGUUGACAGCCAUGUCGUCGGCUAUAGUCGUAUCAACUUCUGAAAGUCCAGCUCCCACAUUCGAACCAUCACCAUCAACAUCAGGCUCAACAUCAGGCUCAGCAUCAGGUUCAACAUCAACUCCAGACCCAGACCCAUUAUUUCAAUCUCAUAGUGAUACUUAUGCCGCUAAUCUGUUUUUGCACUAUAAUACACUUUUGAAACGGUACGAUGCGAAAGUCGCCCAGUGCAAAAAUCUAAAACGGAAUUGCAAAAAACUCGACAAAAUCGUACGUAUACAAACACUUAUACAUACGCAGACUCUAGAUAAGUGCAUCCGUGAUAGAGACUCAUCAAAAAAAAUGCGAUUAAAGGCCACCUCCAACUGUAUGGAAGAAAAUUCUAAAAAGGCCAGGGAUUUGUACCUUCAAUCCCUUGCAAAAAAAAUCCAUAUAUGUGAUGAAGCUAGUCAACUCGAAGCAAAAGUAAACGAGAUCGAGGUUAAAAUUCAAAGAUUUCUAUCCAAUUAUCAACAAUAA